AUGUCUUUCGAUAAUGGGAUCAAUUUCAAAUAUCCCUUACAGCGUCGCGAUUACGAUUUUCAAGAUCUUGAAUUUAGUAUCAUCGUAACUCCAACUAAAAUUGACCCCGAUAUCAAAGAUGAUGAUCCAGCUGAAAACCCUGGAGCAUUUCGAGCAACUAUAUCUUUUACAAAAGGUGAACCUCGCGAAGACUGUAAAAUUCCAGAAGGAAUUGGAUGUAUCGACGUUACAGACACGGAAAAAAGUUUAGAUAUCGAGCCUAUUAUGGGUUCUUACUUUAGUAUAAAACUCUCUCGCAACUACGAUAUAAUUCAUAAUGAACUGAAAAUCUUAUCGCUGAGAAAAGAGUUGGGCCGUUGGCGAGUUAGUAACUAUCAAAAAACUGAAAGUAGAAAGCUAUUUGAAAAAAAUAGAAAAUUUCUUAAAGCAACCGAAGUUAGUAUUAAUCACAGAUUAUUACAAAUGAAUGCGUGA